GGAAUAUGCUGUCUCUCGUCUGCUUUGGAAGGCAAGGGGCGGAGGGAAGAAUACAGCAGAAGAGUUCGCAUUUUAAAGUAGACCUGAAGCUAUAUCAUCAUGGCUGAAUACCACUGUCCUGACCAAAAGCGUUUGCAAACACUUAAGGAUAUAGCCAACAGACUGAGAAUUGAUAGUAUUCAGUCAACCAAUGCUGCAAAAUCGGGGCACCCGACAUCAUGCUGCUCUAUAGCGGAAAUAAUGUCAGUGUUGUUUUUCCAGACCAUGAGAUACAAAGUGUCAGAGCCAAAAGAUGUCAGCAGUGAUAGAUUUGUUCUCUCAAAGGGUCAUGCUGCCCCAAUUUUGUAUGCAGCCUGGGCAGAAGCAGGCCUUUUCCCAAGGUCAGAUCUUAUGAAUCUCAGGAAGAUUGAUUGUGAUCUGGAAGGUCAUCCAACACCUAGACUCAACUUCAUAGAUGUUGCAACAGGUUCUCUUGGACAAGGCCUGAGUUGUGCAUGUGGAAUGGCUUACACUGGCAAAUAUUUUGAUAAAGCCAGCUAUAGAACAUAUUGCAUCAUUGGAGAUGGUGAGUCUGCUGAAGGAAGUGUUUGGGAAGCAGCUAAUUUUGCAAGUUUCUAUCACCUUGAUAACCUUGUUGCCAUUGUGGAUGUAAACAGACUUGGUCAGAGUGACCCAGCUCUCCUACAGCAUGAUAUGGAAACAUACAAAAAGAGAUGGGAGGCAUUUGGUUGGAAUGCUCACGUUGUUGAUGGCCAUGAUGUCGAAUCUCUUUGCCGCCAUUUCUAUGAGGCUGAGCAGGUUAAAGAGAAGCCAACAGUUUUGAUCUGCAAGACCUUCAAGGGAAAAGGAAUUCCAGGUAUUGAAGAUGAAAUGAACUGGCACGGAAAAGCCUUGGGAGACAAAGCAGAAGCCUCUAUCAAAGCAAUUGAGUCUGUAAUGGCUGACUCCCAGGGGCCAUACAAAGUCGAUCGCCCUGCCGUGGUUGAAGAUGCUAAGCAUUACAGCGCUGAAACGAUCCUCCUCUCUGAACCCCCAAGUUACAAACUUGGAGAAAAGGUUGCUACCAGGAACGCCUAUGGCAAUGCUUUGGCUAAGCUAGGUAACAGUUCCAAGCGGGUGAUUGCCUUGGACGGAGAUACGAAGAACUCGACAUUUGCUAUCACUUUUCAAAAGGCUCAUCCCGACAGAUUCAUCGAAUGUUAUAUUGCUGAGCAGAAUCUGAUUGGCGUCGGGAUUGGAUGUGGUACAAGGGGAAGAACAGUCCCCUUUGUCAGCGGAUUCGCCUGUUUUCUAUCACGAGGCUUUGAUCAAAUUAGGAUGGGCGCGAUCUCUAUGACGCAGGCGAAGUUUUGUGGAUCACAUUGCGGAGUGUCCAUUGGUGAAGACGGACCUUCUCAAAUGGCACUGGAAGAUCUAAGCAUGUUCCGAAGCAUCCCAGAAUGCGUUGUUUUCUACCCAAGUGAAGGAGUUUCUUGCGAAAGAGCCGUUGAACUAGCGGCCAACCAUCCAAAUAUGGUCUAUAUCAGAUCAAGCAGGCCAGCAACUGCCACCCUCUACACCGCAGAAGAGAAAUUCGAAGUCGGAAAGUGCAAGGUUGUUCGCCAAAGUGACAAAGAUGUAGCAUUGGUUGUUGGAGCCGGUGUUACCUUACAUGAAGCACUAAAGGCAGCCGAUGUGUUACAAGCUGAAGGAAUCCAUAUUCGGGUUAUUGAUAUUUUCUGCUUAAAGCCCAUUGACCAAGCUGCCCUUGUUGCCAACGCAAAGGCUUGCGGAGGAAAGGUUGUUACUGUGGAGGACCAUUAUCCUUCAGGUGGGCUUGGCGAGGCUGUGGCAGCUGCUUUGUCUGAAGAGAAAGACGUGACAGUCAAGCAGCUUUGUGUGAGAUCACUGCCAAGAAGCGGACCCAGUGCUGAGCUUAUGGAAAUGUUUGGAAUCAGUGCAAGUCAUAUUGUCAAAGCAGUCAAAGCAUGAUUAUGAUAAGCCUUACUAUGGACCUCAACAGGACAAGGCAUUGACCCAAUGUCAAAUUAUCAACCGUAGCACCUUUUCCUUUUUUAAGCACUAAAUGCACCAAAUUCUUCUGACGUGAAAAUACUGUGAUCAGAUAAUGGUAAUUUAUUUGAUCUGAAUGUGUCUUUGAAGGCUGGGAUUUGAACUGAAAUAAAAAUGUAGUUUGUCUUAAAAUCAUUGCUAGAACUAUGUAUGGAAAGAGA